AUUUGCUGCUGAGUUUGAAGGGAGGGAGUUGUGUGGGUGACUAGAUUAGAGUGAAUGAGUAUAGUUUGAGAAGCUCUUGCACAGAGGGGCUGGAGCACAGGAAAGGGACAGGGCUCACCAAGUUGCUGUGAGCUAAGCAACGGAAGAGACGGAGGUACACAGAGGUAAACACAGACUGUUGACAUGGGCUGGGAACACUGCUGAAUAGAAGGCUGUUGUGGGAUGGAGUCAAGAACACCCAGAGCAAAGACCGAUCCACUAUUGAGGAGGUCCUUGAAGUGUUCUUCCCAGAGGGUGUGAAUGACUUUUCUGUUUCUGGUAGCUGACCAGCUUCCCUGGGUAACACUGAUAAUGCAAGAUUGCUUUGCCUGAAGAUGGAAACACUUGAAUCUGAAUUAACCUGCCCAAUUUGUCUGGAGUUAUUUGAAGACCCUCUGCUUUUGCCGUGUGCCCAUAGUUUGUGUUUCAAUUGUGCCCACCGAAUCCUCGUCUCUCACUGCACCUCCAACGAGACCAUCAAAUCAAUUGCUGCCUUCCAGUGUCCAACUUGCCGAUAUGUUAUAUCUCUGAACCACCGUGGCCUGGAGGGUUUGAAGCGGAAUAUAACUCUGCAGAACAUUAUUGAUCGCUUUCAGAAAGCUUCGCUGAGUGGACCCAGUUCCCCCAGUGAAUGCCGCCGUGAACGACUGUACAAGGAUCCCAUCACUAUGUCUUCAGAGAGGGUCCAGUGUCAGUUCUGUGAGCAAGAGCCACCACGGGAUGCAGUCAAGACCUGCGUGACCUGUGAGGUCUCCUACUGUGACCGUUGCCUCAGGGCCACCCACCCUAACAAAAAACCAUUUACUGGCCACCGGCUGAUAGAGCCAACCCCGGACUCCCACCUACGUGGCCUAAUGUGUCUGGAGCAUGAAGAUGAAAAGGUGAAUAUGUACUGUGUCACGGAUGAUCAGCUGAUCUGUGCCUUAUGCAAACUUGUAGGACGUCACCGGGAGCAUCAGGUUUCCUCACUGAGUGAUAGAUAUGACAAGCUUAAGCAAGCGUUGGAAGCUAACCUUACGAACCUUGUGAAGAGGAAUACCGAGCUGGAGUCACAGAUGGGUAGACUCAUUCAGAUCUGCCAACAAGUGGAGGUAAACACUGCAAUACAAGAGAACAAGCUGAAAGAGGAAUGCGAUGAGCUGAUGGACAUUAUCAGACAAAGGAAACAGAUCAUUGCUGUGAAAAUAAAAGAAGGGAAGGUUAUGAAGUUGAGGAAACUAGCACAGCAGAUAGCAAACUGCCGGCAGUGCUUGGAGCGGUCAGGGUCUCUCAUCAAUCAAGCGGAGCAAAGCCUGAAGGAAAACGAUCAUGCGCGUUUCUUACAAACAGCAAAAAAUGUAACAGAAAGGGUUGCUAUGGCAACAGCAUCGUCUCAAGUCCUAAUCCCAGAUAUCAAUUUGAAUGAAGCUUUUGAAAACUUUACUCUGGAUUUUACAAGAGAAAAGAAGUUACUAGAAAGCCUCGACUAUCUCACAGCCCCAAAUCCUCCAAGCAUUCGAGAAGAACUUUGCACAGCAUCACAUGAUACCAUUACUGUCCAUUGGACUUCAGAAGAUGAAUUCAGCAUUGUCUCCUAUGAGCUACAGUAUACAAUCUUCACAGGACAAGCAAACUUUAUCAGUUUGUACAAUUCUGUUGAUAGUUGGAUGAUCGUCCCCAACAUCAAACAAAACCAUUACACAGUGCAUGGACUACAGACUGGAACCAGGUAUAUCUUUGUUGUGAAGGCAAUCAACCAGGCUGGCAGUCGUAUCAGUGAACCUGCUAGAUUGAAGACCAAUAGUCAACCCUUCAAGUUGGAUCCCAAAACUGCUCACAAGAAAUUAAAGCUGUCCAAUGAUGGCCUCUCAAUGGAACGGGACGAAAAUUCCAUGAAGAAGAGCCAUACACCUGAACGCUUUAGCAGCCAGGGCAGCUACGGUGCAAUGGGAAAUGUGUUCAUUGACAGUGGGUGCCAUUACUGGGAGGUUCUACUUGGAGCAUGCACAUGGUAUUCCAUUGGUAUUUCAUAUAAAUCGACCCCGAAAAAUGAAUGGAAUGGGAAGAAUUCUUCAUCGUGGGUGUUCUCUCGAUGCAAUAACAACUUUGCUGUCAGACACAGUGGCAAAGAGAUGUCAGUGGAUGCCAGCCACCAGCUGAGGAGACUUGGUGUCCUACUUGACUAUGAUGGUAACACACUAUCAUUCUAUGAUGCGAUGAACACACAUCAUCUGCACACAUUCGACAUAUCUUUUGUUCUGCCUGUAUGCCCCACGUUUACAAUCUGGAACAAGUCAAUAAUGAUCCUGACAGGGCUUCCUGUUCCAGACCCAUUGGACUGCUUAGAACAGCAGCAGGAGUGUAUUUGCAGACCACAGGAAUCUCCGUAUAUGUCAGGAAUAAAAGUCAAUCAGUAAAAGGCCAGACUGAAGUUGGCCCUCCAAUCCAUCCACGAUUCCUCAGUCCUCCAAAAUGGAAGAAAAAAAUCAUGUAGCUAUUCCAAACAGGGCUGGACUAUGCAUUGUGCCCUCUCACGAUAGCACAGAAGCCGCCUUACACAAAAGUGACUACUAUUGUAUUGAAUUUAUAAAUUAUUUAUGUUGAAUUAUGUUUGCAGAUUAUCAUUGGAGAGAUAUUGUAUUCCAAAUGCACUUUCAAGACAUGCUUUAAAAAUUAUGAAAAGCUGUUUUUAAGUCAAAGAUGGAAGAUAUAUAAAGUAGAUCUGAAGAUGUGGUUUCCUCAGUUUCUAGACAUUCUUGCAUAGUACAUUAGAUCCACCUGGUUUCCAGACACUGGCACAAAUUGUUGUUCUUGCUUGCUGAGAGAAUCAUCUGCAGCACUGAAUGAAGCUUCUGGCUGAGGAAGGUGAAGGAUGCUGCUCUUCACGUGUCACUCAGCAGCAGAACUAUUGCCACAAUCAGGAGCUGCUGCAGGAUGACAGAUAAAGUUUCCAGAAGACAGGCAUUUUCAGAGAAUGCCUAGGAGCAGAUCAAGUCAUCCUAAUAUACUCCAUAAAUCCAUUAUCUUGUCGUCUUUGUAUUGUUUGUGAUUGAAGAGAAGCAGUUCAAGGAAUUGUACAGGAGCCACACUGAUGCUAUGGAAUUUUAACUGUGUAUGUAUAAAUGUUAUAAAUAUUUAAAGAAAACUGGCUGAUUUCACCCACUUGAAAAGAGAGCUCAUUUUCCAAGUUUGUGAUAAUUUUGAAAAUUACAAAAUACUGAUGACACAUAGAAAUGACUGUUUAAAACUGCAGAGCAAUGUCUUUAAUGUGAAGCCCUUUAAGAUUCUUGUUGAUUGAUUAUUACACACACAAUACACCUCACACUUAUCCAGCUUCCCACUACCGCACUCACUAUUGUUGCACAGAGAAUUUUAUGAGCAUCUGUCUCCAUGUCAGAGAUGGAAAGACAAGCUCCUAUCUCUUGUGAUGCACAAUACAGCUAGGAGAACAAGAUUCAUAUUUCAUUUUGAAUGAUUAAAGUCAAAUGCGUACUGAAACUCUGAAAUACCACAUGCAUUUUCCAUGCAAGUACUCAGUGAUCCACGUAAUAGCUCACAGGAAGAAAACAACCUCAUCUUAAACCUAGUGGCAGCUAAUGUGACUUUAACUAGAGUUAGCCUUCAAAUCAACAUUAUAAAAUAGUCAUGGAAGUGCAGAGAUUUACUCCCGUGCUAUGGAAGCAAAAUAAAAAGAAAAUUUUCCCUGUAAUGUAUAGAACGCAGAACUGUACGGAUCAGGAACAGACACUUCAGCCUACAAUAUUGUUCCAAACUAGAUUAGUAUCAAAUGUACAAGUAUUGAUUUGAUUUGAUAUGAACUAUAAAUUGAUCAUUGAUGAUUGCCUGGAUAAUGUCCGUAUCAUUACAUUUCUGGCACAUUAAAUGCCUCUAUUGUAUU